UGUUAAAAAUGGUGUCUACGGUUUUGUCAGACUAAAAUGUCAAAAAUGUAUUGUUUUCGCAUUUCGCAAGUGGAGUUUUGAAUUUGUAAUUAAAUAAUUUGAUGUUCAAAGACGAAACGAACUUUCUUGUAUAACUAAAAACUCGUAAAAUGUACUUCCACAAUAGAAGCUAUGCUUCCUUUCUUGCCAUACUGCUUUUAUGCCUUCCUAUAGCCUCACAGUUUGACAUAGAUGAAGAAGCAGAUGCUUUAAAAGAAGACAAUGACUUCUCUACCGUCGACGAAUCUGAAUCUCUUCUCUCCAAUGUAGUAUCGGAUGUGAACAAAACACUAACCAAUCUAUAUAACCAAGUUACAUUCGCCAAUGUUACUGUGGAUACAAAUAAAACAAAUGCAAAUGAAACAAGAAAACUAGUUAAAUGUAAGGAGAUAAUCUAUGAAACUGAUACAGAUCCAUCAGUUGAAAUUAUUAAUGGUACGGCUCUUGCCAAGUUACUUCAAGUGAAACCGGACAUUCAAAGCCGUGAUGUUGAAGCUGAUUGUGUACUUGUCCUAUUUUUUGCAAGGCCUUGCCCGUUCAGUGCUCAUGCUGCACCACAUUUUAAUGCAUUAGCCAGAUCAUACCCCAAUAUUAAAAUGGUAGCACUGGAUGCUCUGAAAUACCACGGAAUAAAUGCCCAGUAUGGAAUAGUAGGUGUACCAACAUUAAAAAUGUUUCACAAUGGACGACCAGUCGGUAAAUUUAAUGGUACAGAGUACAAUAUCCAUUUAUUCAGCAAAUUUGUUCAUGUUAUAACAGGACAGAAUCCUCAAGUGUUACUAGUCACUUCAAAAGACUUUCAAGGACCAGUUUCAAGUGUUGUAGAAAAAGAAACUGAUUAUUUCCUCAUUCUGUCGUGGCUGUUCAUUAUAAUCUGUUCAAUUUAUUACUUCAUGGAAUCAAAAUGGUGGAAAAUGAUUGUGGAAAUGAUCCAGAAUAAUUGGAGGGAAUCUGAGGCACAACAUGAGCACAAUGAUUAAAUUAAAGCUUUAUUUGUGAUAUGUAAAUAUAUGAUUAAUUUA